AAGGAAAUCGAAAACGAGACGAAGACAACAGGCUAGUAGUUGACAGUGAUAUUUGACUGGUAAAACGGACAAACUUCAGAAAGAAUGUCUAAAAGGAGAUGAUGCAGGUUUCCCAAACUGAUUGAAUUACCGGGCGUAGUUUGGUAGUGAAGUCAAGACCUCAGUCUGUUAUUGCUCAUGACAAAAGCAAGUGACUUGUGUUAAUGAGACACAUUAUCUCCAUCGUCACUUUUGUGAAAACGGCCUAUAAGACAGGCCACAUUAGUUUCAAACACGCCUACUGAAAAUUCAAAAUAUAGCGCAGGCAAGUAGCUCUGUCUUUUCGUCGCACAUCGUGUGUGGUGAUGUAGCUGAUGAAAUUGAAGAGACAAAAGUCAAUGGCAUAGGCUAUUGCUCAGAACAACAAGGUUUCCACGACGUCCUCAGUUUCCACACAAAAAAGCCUGGGGAAAGUAGGAUGGAAUUUGCUGAGCUAAUCAAGACAACUAGGGUUGAUAAUGUUAUUUUAAGAAGGCAAAGUAGCAGCCUUGUCGAGGGGACAUUGUGCCUUACAAGUCAUCAUUUGAUAUUUUCAUCAAGGGUUUCGGAGAAAGAUGAAUUAAUGCUCUUGUACAUGGCAAUCGAAGAUGUUCAGAAGAAGAUUGCAGGGUACAAUGGAACUAUAAAUAUCAUUUGUAAAGACUUCACUUCUUUCAAACUGCGAAUACCAGGUGCUGAGAAUUGUCUCAAUGUUGCUGCUUCCAUUGAAGCACUAUCCACUUUAGAGAAUCAGACCUGGUACUACCCCUUCUUUCAUCGGCUGGAUUUCAUCAUCACUGAAAAUGGUUGGGAUGCAUUCAGUCCUGAAGUAGAGCUGAAAAACUUAAUUGAUGGCAGCGAUAGCUGGAGGAUCUGUUCUCUAAACAAUGAAUUCAAAGUAAGGCCUUUCCCAUGCAAAUAUUAAGCCAUGCUUUAUAAG